AUGGAAAACUCCAAGAAUGGAGGUGUUCCUUUGACUAAAGAAACCGUGUUGAACAAAUCGCAAUCUCCUUCAACGGACAUAGAAAUUAAGCAAAUGGAAGUAGUUCCAUAUGCUUCAGCGAUUGGUUCAAUCAUUAAGAACAUUCUGACGUACUUGAGAAGAACUAAAGAUAUGUUCUUGGUGUUUGGAGGAGUGGAAGAGGAGCUCACUGUAAGGUGUUACACUGAUGCUGACUUCCAAAGUGACCGAGAUGAUUCUCGCUCACAAUUAGGAUUCGUAUUCACUCUCAAUGGAGGAGCUGUCUAUUGGAAAAGCUCCAAACAGAGUGUGGUGGCGGAUUCAGCCACCGAAUCCGAAUGUAUAUUUGCAUCAGAUGCUGCAGAAGAAUCUGCUUGGAUGAAGUAG